CUAUCUUCUUCUUCUUAUCUCUCUCUUCUUUUCCCGACUCACCUUCUUCUUCUUCUCUCUGUCCUCUUCGUGAUUGACUUCCUUCUUCUCCUCUAUCUUCUUCUUUUCCUCUCUGUCUCAGAUCUGGAAAAAUCUCGACGCCUCGCAGCCGCACCUCGCCGUCCCAUCUUCUUCUCCUCUCUGUCAGUGUCUCGCCGAACACCGAACCAAACCACACCGAGAAAUCGGCGCGCCGACCACAUCGGUUUCAAGAGCUUGGGUUCGACGCUUGGUGGAGGCUCAACACCGAAACAAACCAGAGCGAGCCCAGGCCUAGUUCAAAUGGCAGAUGCAGUCCUCAAAUUCCAGGAGAGAUUUGGAUGCUAGGGUUUAGGGUGUGACUCGUGAGAGUUUACCUGAUGACGUCAUCUGAAAUAAAAUCUGGGGCAUUGGUUUCAUUGCAAGACCUACAUCCAUCUUCCUCUUAUUUCAAGCAAGGGGCUUCGUUGAGAGUAACUGGAAAGUUACAAGAGUAUUCUGUAGAGACAGCCAUUGCCACAAUUAUUGAUGGAAGUGACAGCUUCAAAAUCAACACCCAACACCUCAGGGAGCUUAGCUUUCGAGUCGGAUCCGUCUACCAGUUCAUCGGCGAGCUGCUUAUUCAACCCGAUAAUGAGGCAGUCUUGCAGGCACGUGUGGGUAGGAAUGUUGAUGGCAUUGAUCUCAAUCUCUAUUAUCAGUCUCUCCAAUUGUUGAGGCAAUUUCAGGCUCAUCAUUUGAAGAACCCAGCAACUUAAAAUAUUGUAAUUUUAAAGUCAAUUUAAAGACCAACGCAAAUUGAAAUCGUAAUGGCAAAAAGGUCAAAGCCAAUGGCCCAAUGAUCACUUCAUAAUUGAACCCAAACGAAUAUAUUUAAUCGGGCCCUCAGAUUUUUCAU